UUGAGCCGUCAAAGCAUCCGAAAUAUCACUGAGGCUGUAUUCGACGGGCUCUCGAAUCUAGAGUCACUCUUCCUUUGGGACAACCAGAUAACAAUCCUUCCAGAGGGGAUAUUUCACGGGCUCUUCAACUUGCGUCAUCUUUCUUUGGGUAGCAAUCAGCUGACAAGCAUGCCAGAAGCAAUCUUCGACGGACUCUUGGGGCUGGAGGUACUCAGUUUUUCUGGCAAUAAUCUAAAGAGCCUUCCAGAGGGAAUAUUUCACGGGCUCUUGAGCUUGAGAGAGUUAAAUCUUAACAGCGAUAAGCUAACAACUCUUCCGGCGGGAAUAUUUCAGGGGCUUACAGGACUGAAGUAUCUGUCUCUCGAUAACAACGAGCUGACGAGCAUACCAGAGGGAAUAUUCAAAGGGCUCACGGCGUUGUACUGGAUCUAUUUUUCAAACAACCGGCUCAAGGAGCUUCCUGCGGGAGUGUUCAGGGACCUCUCGGCGUUGGAGGAGCUAGACCUUACCGGCCAUGAGCUAACGAGCCUUGAGGAGGGAGUCUUCACCGGACUCUCGAAGCUGCGAGGCCUACAUCUUGGCUACAACAAGAUUGCUAGACUUGACAAGGGUGUCUUUCACGGGCUCUCGGGGUUGAGCUGGCUAGAUCUUGGCGGCAACCAGCUGACGGGAUUUCCAAAGGGGAUUUUCGACAGGACCACUCAGCUGCUGGGUCUAGAUCUUGGCGGCAACCAGCUGACGAGCCUUCCAGAGGGAUUAUUCGACGGGCUCUCGACGAUAGGUUGGCUAUAUCUUCAGGACAAUCGACUCGUAUGCGUGUCCUCUAUGGCUUUCGCAAACUUGACGGCUCUAACAGUUCUA